CUCCUUUUUUUUGUGUGUGUGACCUCACUCUGCUGCGACCGAGCUGAGCUCCACAUUGACUGUCAGGAGCACCGAGUUUCCCAAUUGUUGAAUACCGGUCUGGUGGAUCAUGGCGAUGCUGGCCGAACCUCGUAGGAAGCAGAAGUGGUCGGUGGAUCCGAGAAACAGCGCGUGGAGCAAAGACGAAUCCAAGUUUGGUCAGAAGAUGUUGGAGAAGAUGGGCUGGUCCAAAGGCAAGGGACUCGGUGCUCAGGAACAGGGAUCCACCGAACACGUCAAAGUCCAGUUGAAGAACAACACCCUGGGGCUCGGAGUGUCCACCAACCACGAGGAUAAUUGGAUUGCCCAUCAGGAUGAUUUUAACCAGUUGCUGGCUGAGCUGAACGACUGCCAUGGUACAGCGAGCGCAGCUUCUUCUGAUGGUGAGAAACGAAAAUCCUUUAGUUUGGAAGAAAAGUCAAAAUCGUCCAAGAAGCGGGUGCACUACAUGAAGUUUGCCAAAGGAAAAGACCUCUCUUGUCGCAGUGACACCGACCUCGCCUGCAUUUUUGGAAAGCGAGAGAAGGUUACGAAGUUACCCCAGGAGAAGACAGAUUCUGAACCAGAGAAAAGUGAGAGUAAAAGCCCAAGCCCCACAACUGAAGUUGAGCUGGGGAACACAGUGAUAAGUUCUCUAUCAGUAAAUGAAUAUUUUGCCAAAAGGAUGGCACAGCUUAAAAAGUCCUAUGCCAAGUCUACAGAGACUGUCCCUGAGACCGCAGAGCAAUGCUCUGAAGACACCUUAGAGAACUACUCCGAAGAUACCAAGAAGAAAUCCAAAAAGAAAAAACGCAGAAAGAAUGAAAAUGACUACUGCCCAGAAGAGCCGGAGGUAGUGGAGAAUCUUCGAGACAGCAAUAGCCUGGAAUCCACAGAUUGUCAGGGGAGGAGAAGAAAACCAAAGAGCAAGAAAGGGGACAAAGUUCUGACUGUAGAAACCUUGGAGAACCAUGAGGAGGAGGUGGAGGACCAUGACGAGACGCUAAGAAAGAAGAAGAAGAAAAAGAAAAACAAAAGGAAAAAAGAGUUGUGUGAAGAUAGACAGGCGGACGAUGUCACGUCUACUCCCAACGAAGACAUUGACACAGAGCAACCAAAGAAAAAGAAGAAGAGAAAGGGAGAUAACACAGAAGCUUAGAACUGUAGGACAUAUGAAAUUCAUCUUACUGCCCGCGGUGCCGAGUCUUAACGAUGGACUUGAGAACAUUUUAGAAAUCAUGUAUUUUCUUAUGAAUUGAAAUAUACCAGUGGCCACUUUUUCAUUUGUCUGUGACUUUCAGAUAACCCUUGAAUGAAAAUGUAUAAAAUAUCACAAUCCUUAA